GAUACCAGCGGCGCCGUUGCCUUGGCCAAGACGCAAACCUGCGCUCGAGAUCUUGGAGCUCAAUUUCGGGAGUCCCGAGUUGAGAAGAUCUAUUUGCUGCUGAGUGCCGUGACGGGACGCAGCCCUUGGCCUCAGUUCCCACGCUGCAAAGAGAAGGUGGAUUGUAGCAUGGACGAAGCGACAGAUUUGGGAACGGACUUCUGGGUUCACGCCCCGAUCGCGCGCUGUGAUGGUGGCUGGCAGGGCGUGGACGCUGAUGGAGCAGAGGCUUUGACGCACUUCGCUUUUCUGGCUCGUGCUGAGAAUGUGGCUCUUCUGCUGGCGAAGCCGUGUACGGGGAGGACGCACCAAAUUCGCGUCCAUGCAUCACAUGCGGGACUUCCACUGUUUGCUGAUGCCGG